CCGAUAUGAGAACUUGGAUUCUAAAAUUGAAACUCAAUCUUUAAGAACUAGGUCUCAGAACCGGGUUCUAAAGUCCGGAACUUAUGAACUUUUACCAUCCCCUGACACUUUUCCAAACAAAUUAUUUUUAUUGCAAUUUUCUUAA